CCCCGUCGCUUUCCUGCAGCCAGAAAAACCCCCGACAAAAGAUCCCUGGAGUAGUCAGGUUUCUACCAUUACUGCAAGGUGCUGAUCAGCUGUGCCCAAAUCGCCGUUACAAAAAAUCGACAGCCUCUGGCUGUACCAUUUUUUUGUCCUGCGCCGAUUCGCCUUUUGCGCCAGCCCGGGCCCGCCACUAACCCACGGACGGCCAUCCAACAGGACAGCACAGAUUGCUUAACGUGCCUAUAUUUGCCCAAACGGUCUGUUUUGGUGUAUUCCGCCCCCUCGUCAGUCUCACCCGUAGCGCCUUCGUCACCCAUAACGGGUUUUUUGCUAUCCCACGGUGACUUGACCCCGGACACCCCAAAAAUCAAAAAAAGAAAAAAACGGGUAAAAAUCAAGUCACGACAAGUGCCGCAGUCACUCAAGUCCACCUGCCCAACCAGCUCCACGCCCAACACCAAAACUACAACAACCGCUCCGGUUUGCGUCCUCUUUGAGGGCAAAUUUAGUCAAGGUGGCUUCCGAUCAAGGAUUUCUAGCAUCCACGGGUGCAUUUGCAAACGAUAUCGUCAACGUAGCCACUUCUUUUCUCCAGAACUUGACAGAGUAUUUGCACACUACAACCGGUAUUCCCAUCUCGCCGGCCACCCUUUCUGGGGCCUUUGCCGUCAUUAUACUGCUAGGGGCGCUACCCACUGUGGCAGCGCGUGCCAAAUCCGGCGACAAGAUGGACAGGAGACCGCGAUUUGGCUGGUCCGGCGGGUACGGUGGACGAGGCCCCAUCUCGCCUUUUGCCUCGAACCUAGGCCACGAUGGGCAGCCGCCUGAUAUUAUGGACGAGGACUUUAGCUACAUUACGUCUCAAGACCUCGAGAAUCACAACAUUGAUCGAUCGCGAUACUAUGAUCCGCGCUCAAGCAACCAACGCAUGGGUCGCUCCGAGCCCUCCCUCGAGAUACCCGACGAUGACAUAGUUCUCAUCAAGCAUCGGGGUAUCACCUAUCCGGAACACUUCCCUGCCUACUCUAUCGGCGACGGCAAACUGAUCGCCGGCGACGUCCGUGACCGCGCCCAGCUGGUUAUGAAGCUUUCCAAUAGGCAAACAAACAACCUCAGGAUGUACUACAAGGGCAAACAGCUGAAGGAUGAUGAGGAGCCCGUGUGCAACUACGGCGUCAAGAACAAGAGCGAAAUCAUGAUUGUGCUGCCCGAGGACGAAGACGUCGGCGGCGGUAGGAGCAGCAGUGAGACUAGCGAGGAGAUAGUGGUGGUGCAGGGUGAGGACACAGAUAGCAGGAGCGGGAAGAAGAAGAGCAGGCGCAGCCGGAAGAAGCACCGGGACCCUAGCCCACGCGAGAGCAGCUCCAAUGUCGGACUGUCGGCACCCGAGCCAGAUCAGAGGAGGCAGCGGGCACCAUCCGUGAGCAGGAUGCGGUCGCCAGAGCGCCCGGCCACUGGCACCACAAUCGCCGUCCCCAGGCCCCCAUUAAUCCCUGCUGCGCCCAACAGCGCCAUGGACAAGCUCAACAAGAUCCAAGAGAGCUUCGACGAGACCCUGCGGCCGAUGUGCGAGCAGUUUGUGUCCAACCCGCCGGAUGAUCCCAAGAAGUGCGUCGAAGAGUACCGCAAGAUUUCCGAGACGGUGCUCCAGAAGGUGCUCCUGAAACUGGACGAAAUUGACACGGGCGGCGACGACAGCAUCAGGAUGAGAAGAAAGGAACUGGUCAAGUACGUGCAAGAAGUGCUCAAGCCGGUAGACAAGUACUCUCCCGAUGCCAAAUGAUAAGCUGUAUGGGAUUGAAAACUAUGGAGGCUAGGAAAUAAUGAGAAAUCACAUCUUUUUCUCAAGGAGGGACAUCGGACUUGCUUGGUAUAGCCUGGUGUAUUCAUGGCAAUUUCCUUACGACAACAAUUGCGGAUUCAUGGUCAUGGCAUCUUUCGGCGGUUUGCAUUUCAUGUUUAGACUACAAAAUAAUCUCCUGUUCGAUUGUAACUUUUAGUGUCUCUUACGAGCUCGUUUGUCCUUGGUUGCGUCCCAGUCUGUGGUUCUGUUGCUUCCAGAGUCUUCCUUCCCGUCAAUAUUUAUCGCCAGCUGGUUACAUGCUCGAGGUCGUCU